CCGCAUUCGUCGUGAACAAUGCCAGCCGACCUCCUCAACGUCGAUAAACAGCUCACGUUCUACGGGGCAUACCAUUCGAAUAAGAUUAAUGUGUUGAUUCAUAUUAUCUGCGUACCUUUGAUUCUCUGGUCGGCUGAAGCACUCGUUGCUCCACUUCAAACACCAAGUUGGAUCCCCAAAGUUCACUACCAGUUCAAUGAGUACUUGGUAUUUGACUUGAACUGGUCAGCGAUCCAUGCACUGGUAUACAUUGUGUACUAUUUCUUGUUGGAACCCGUCGCUGCUCUCCUUUAUAUCCCCCAAUUGGUUCUUUCGCUCUUGACGGCCACCGCCUUCUCCUACCGCGCAGAUAACAUCACCAUUGCCGGUGGACUCCAUGCCAUUUCGUGGAUUGCUCAGUUCAUUGGGCACGGGUUUGCGGAGAAGAGGGCGCCUGCGCUUUUGGACAACUUGAUUGGAGCUGUCGUCCUAGCACCUUUCUUCGUCCACCUCGAGCUCUUGUUUGCUCUUGGAUACCGACCCGAGAUGCACAAGAGGAUCAAGAAUGCGAUUGGUGUUGAGAUUACGAAGAUUAGGAAGGCGGAGGGGGAGAAGAGGAGGAAGGAGGGGAAGAAGGAGUUGUGAAGUAACUGAAGCGCCGGAGCUGGUAUUUUUCUAUUUUCGUUUCACGGAUUUGCUUUUGUCCCACUGGAGGUGUUGUAAAAUUAUUCCUUAUUCCCUUUCUAUUCGCUGAAUGUAUGACCUAUGUAUGUACAGUUGAUCUUUACUUUCGUUCACCCUU